AUGAAGUGGCUCCUAAAGAAGAAGAACGUGAACAUUUCCUUGGCAGGAACUAAACUUAACAUCGAGUGGACAGUUAGGUUUCUAGGAGUUUACGUAGAUUACUCCCUGAAAUGGAAAAAGCACAUGGCCGAGAUGAGGAAACGAGUCCUCCCUCGUAUAAAUAUUCUUAAGGUGUUGGCAGGAAUAAAGUGGGGAACACACCCUAUCGUCUUGUUAACCGCGUAUAAGGGACUGGUCAGGGUUUGCGCUAGGUCAAGCCAUCCUCUGGGACGGCUACUGAGGAGCACUGUCGAGACUUGGGAACCUAUCUGUGCUGACAACGCGUUUGGUCUUUUUACGGUGUAUCGGGAACUCCAGCACAUUGUUAAAGAUGUCGCAAAGUUCUCACUCCCGGGUAGCCUCGGCCUCCCGUACCACGUUAGGUUCUUCAAAUGUGACACUGACACCAACACUGGCUUCCUUGCGCGUCGGGCCGAAAACCCCCAGCAGUAUCUCGAAGGUUUCUUCAGGGACCAUGGCCUUACCAGGAUAUUUUUCACUGACGGGUCUCUUUCCCCGGGAUCGGAUGAAACACCACCAGCAGUUGGCUUUGCUGUGGUCUCAGACGAACCCGAUCUCGUCCAUUAUGAACGCAUAAACAGUAAUUCCACUAUAUUUGACGCGGAAGUCCGCGGCGUUAUUUGUGCGCUGGAGUACCUCAAAGACUUUGGGUUUCCUCGGGUUGUGAUCGCGUCGGACUCACUCAGCGUGAUCAUGUGCCUUGGAUCAACGGACCUUAGAGGUGUCCAUUCACCGUUAGUGUAUCAAAUAAAGGAGUUGGUCCUUGGACUUAAGGACGAUGGCGUGUCAAUCAAGCUGGUGUGGGUCCCCGGGCACUGUGGUGUCCUGGGCAACGAGAAGGCAGAUAAGUACGCAAAACUCUCCUUGGCUCUUCCAGAACCUAGCUUUGGAAGCGAGUUGGAGGUCUCCUCGCUGUUCCCUUCCCUUCGGUCCGAUACAGUAAGAUUGGCCAGAGAGAAGUUACUCAGUGAUGCGACCCACAAAGGAGUUAGGUACUUCCAACGUAAACCCGUACCCUUGAACAAACCGUGGUUUAUUAGG